GGAAUGUCAAUAAAUGAAGAUUUCGAAAUGAAUGCAAAAUCUUUCAAAAAAUAAGAGUUGAUUAGUAUAAUGUGAUUAAGAGUCAAUAGAUAAGUGGUUGAUACUUUUAUUUUACGACGAAACAGACUCUGUCAUGUCGGAUAAACAAUCAGCCAGAUAUGGAAGACAGAUGAGUCGAGACUUGAAAGAUUUUUUUAGAAGUGUUAGACUCGGUGAUGUUAGUUCUAUCAGGCAUUCCAUAGAAGGCCAGGGCAUCAAUGUUAACACUACUGAUGCUUGGGAUAAUACUCCAUUGUACUUGGCUUGUUUGUGUGGACACCUGAGUGCUGUCAAAUAUCUGUUACAGAAAGGAGCUAGAUAUGACACCAACAGUGUAGAUAGUCAAAGAUGCUUUCUGUCUUCUUUGACUAACGACAUCAGACAAGUUUUGAAGCAGUAUGAAUGUUCCUUAAUUGUGGAAAGUACAGAUCUGAAAUAUGUCGAGUAUUUACAACAGUUAUAUGAGAGACAACCAGGAUAUGACAUUGAGCUUGAAAUCCAAGGUCAACUAUAUUUAGCACAUCGUUGUAUUUUGUCUGUGAGGUGUAGAUACUUUGCAGAUCAGUUUCGAAAUAAUACCAAUGGCAGGAUAGCAUUAUCACAUAAACUUAUGUGUACUGAUGUUUUUGGACCAAUGCUUCGUUUUAUUUAUACAGGUAGAUUGGAUAUUGAAAAAAGACAGAGGGAAAAGGCAAUAGCAUUAGCUAAGUUCUUACAGUUUAACAGUUUAGCUGAAAUCUUAGUAAAAGAUAAAAGUUUACUUAUGAUAUGUCAUCAGCAGCUUUUGAAAGAUUUAAAGAAAGAUUUUGGUUGUUUAGUAACAGCAGCAGUAUCGCCAUCUGUUGCAGCUCCUGCUGAGAAUGAAGCUUGUGGUUUGGAUAUUAAAACAUACCCAGAUAUUAUAUUUGAUGUUCAAGGUCAUUCAUUUAAGUGUCAUAAGAUAUUUUUCUAUGGGAGAAGUGAAUUUUUCCGAGAAAUGCUAAUUGAUAAAGAAGAUGAGCAGCCGCCAGCCUAUGGUGAUUAUCUCCCUUCCAUCAAAUUAGACGAUAUUACAGCAGAUGCAUUUGUACAGAUUAUUUCCUUCUUGUAUAUUGAGGAAUAUGAGGUAACCAAGGACACUUGUAUCCCACUAAUGAGAGCAAGUACUCAAUUUGUACUACCAGUCAUAAAGAAGAAAUGCUCGGAGGAAAUCAGCAAAUAUAUUUACCCUAGCAAUGUCCUUGACAUCUAUCAGACUUCUGUGGAAUUGGAUAUGCCACGCCUUAUAAACAGUUGUACAAAGUAUAUGGCUGAUGAAUAUGAACAGAUGAUUACAUUUCCCGAGUUUGAGAUGUUUAUUAGACAACAGUUAUCUCCCCUAAUGAACGAAGGUACAGCAUUUGAUCAAAUUCCUUUUUUCAUGGAUUUCCAAUAUUACCUCCGGCAUGAAUGUUCAACAUGGGAGGAACAGAGAGCAGCCAAUGAAAAACUCCAGAAACUGAAUUAUCUAUUAACGCAUAGAAUAGGACUAGAUGUCAGUAUACCGCUGUUUCAGGUAGGUCACACAAGGCCAGAACCUGUCAUUAUUGUUGGUCAUCAAGUUUUAUCAAAACAGGAAGUUAGACAAAGGAUGGAAAAUGAGGAACAGAAGCGCAGAGAGGAGGAAGAGAAAAAGAAUAGAAAAAAGAUUGAAGAGGAAGUUAGACGUAGGAAGGAAAAUGAGGAAUUGAAGCGCAGACAGGAAGAAGAUAAUAAGCAUAGAAAACAGAUUGUACCACUGUCUCAGGAUAAACAAUCAGCCAGAUAUGGAAGACAGAUGAGUCAAGACUUGAAAGAUUUUUUUAGAAGUGUCCGACUUGGUGAUGUUAGUGCUAUCAGACAUUCCAUAGAAGGUCAGGGCAUCAAUGUUAAUACUACUGAUGCUUGGGAUAAUACUCCAUUGUACUUGGCUUGUUUGUGUGGACACCUGAGUGCUGUCAAAUACCUGUUAAAAAACGGAGCUAGAUAUGACACCAACAGUGUAGACAGUCAGAGAUGCUUUCUGUCUUCUUUGACUAAUGACAUCAGACAAGUUUUGAAGCAGUAUGAAUGUUCCUUAAUUGUGGAAAGUACAGAUCUGAAAUAUGUCGACUAUUUACAACAGUUAUAUGAGAGACAACCAGGAUAUGACAUUGAGCUUGAAAUCCAAGGUCAACUAUAUUUAGCACAUCGUUGCAUUUUGUCUGCAAGGUGUAGAUACUUUGCAGAUCGGUUUCGAAAAAAAAAUACCAAUGGCAGGAUAGCAAUAACACAUAAACUUAUGUGUACUGAUGUUUUUGGACCAAUGCUUCGUUUUAUUUAUACAGGUAGAUUGGAUAUUGAAAAAAGACAGAGGGCAAGGGCAAUAGCAUUAGCUAAGUUCUUACAGUUUAACAGUUUAGCUGAAAUCUUAGAAAAAGAUCAAAGUUUGCAUUCGAUACAACAUCAGCAACUUUUGAAAGAUUUAAAGAAAGAUUUUGGUUGCUUAGUAACAGCAGCAGUAUCCCCAUCUGUAGCAGCUCCUGCUGAGAAUGAAGCUUGCGGUUUGGAUGUUAAAACAUACCCAGAUAUUAUAUUUGAUGUUCAAGGUCACUUAUUUAAGUGUCAUAAGAUAUUUUUCUAUGGCAGAAGUGAAUUUUUCCGAGAAAUGCUGAUUGAUAAAGAAGAUGAGCAGCCACCAGUCUAUGGUGAUUAUCUCCCUUCCAUCAAAUUAGACGAUAUGACAGCAGAUGUAUUUGUACAGAUUAUUUCCUUCUUGUAUAUUGAGGAAUAUGAGGUAACCAAGGAUACUUGUAUUCCACUAAUGAGAGCAAGUACUCAAUUUGUACUACCAGUCAUAAAGAAGAAAUGCUCAGAGGAAAUCAGCAAAUAUAUUUACCCUAGCAACGUCCUUGACAUCUAUCAGACUUCUGUGGAAUUGGAUAUGCCACGCCUUAUAAACAGUUGUACAAAGUAUAUGGCUGAUGAAUAUGAACAGAUGAUUUCAUUUCCCGAGUUUGAGAUGUUUAUUAGACAACAGUUAUCUCCCCUAAUGAAAGAAGGUACAGCAUUUGAUCAAAUUCCUUUCUUCAUGGAUUUCCAAUACUACCUCCGGCAUGAAUGUUCAACAUGGGAGGAACAGAAAGCAGCCAAUGAAAAACUACAGAAACUGAAUUAUCUAUUAACACAUAGAAUAGGACUAGAUGUCAUUAUACCGCUGUUUCAGGUUAGUCACACAAGGCCAGAACCUGUAAUUAUUUCUGGUCGGCAAGUUUUAUCCAAAGAGGAAGUUAGAAAUAGGAUGGAACAUGAGGAAGGGAAGCGCAGACAAGAGGAAGAUAAAAAGAAUAGAAUACAGAGCGUAGCACUGAUUCAACCUGUUAUUAUUUCUGGACAGCAAAAUUUAUCCAUAGAGGAAGAUAGACAAAGGGGAGAAAAUGAGGAAUUGAGGUCCAUUCAGAAGGAAGAUAAAAAGCAUAGAAAAAAGGGAAAUAGAAAUACUUCUUGUUUUGACAGAAGAAAUCCUAAAUCAUGUAUAAUCCUGUAGCUUUGAUUCUCAUUAAUGAUCAUUAUCAAUUGAUGGUUUUUACAUUCCAAUAAGUGGAGAUCGCAUAAUUUUUAUUCACUCUGGAUUUUAAGAUAGGGCAGAAUUUUAAAUUGAAGAUGUAUCAUGAACUAAUGAUGUGUUUUAUGACUUACAGGAAGAUAAAACACCAUUUUAUCAUCUGCUGCCAACUUUUGACAGUGUUAUGUAGUUUACCCUUAAAUUAAAAAAAAAAGGUCUAACAGCUACUAAAUUUUAAAUUUACACUUGCAUAUAGUUCCCUUGUAAAUCAAAAUUUAUGAAAUAUUACUACUUAUGAAUUAAAAGGAAAAAUAUAGAUUCCACCACUGCAACAAGUGUGUUACGAUAUUUCUCCACUUGAGACAGUUAAAUUUUAAUAUUUAAAGCGCGAGGCUUGUUGAGCUUUUUAAAGAAUUAAAAUUUAAUUGUUGAGAGUGGAGAAAUAUAGUAAUACACAAGUUAUAGUAGUGGAAUCUGUUUCUCUAAUGAUUUUUAUCAUUCCUUUUCAAAGAUUUACCGAAAGUUGUGUUCUUUAUAUGUGACGUCAUCAGGCAUGGUCGCCUUUUUUCAUGACGUCACAAUAGGAAAAUUCAGAAGAAACCAAGAAAAUUUGACGUCAUAAUCAAAUUUCGACCAAUCAUUUCCCAAGAACAGAUAUUUCACUAGUGAGGAGAAAUAUUUUUCUCACACCGAUCAAGAAAUGUGAAAAUAGCACAAAAAUUAGAGAAAGUAUGAUAUCAAAUUUUUAAAAUCAGUUAAUAAGAAUUAUGAAAGUAACUUAUCAAUAUCUUAUCCUUGUGUAAGGAAAAGAAAUUGUACAAGCUGUGUAGGGAUAUCCAAGUGAAUUCCCACAAGUUUUGCCUCACCUUGACAGAGUCAUAUAGCCAGACUUAGGUAUGCUAUUUUCAAUGGUUUAGGCAUCAGCAACAGCAUCAAUAAUUUACUCAGGCUUGUGAUUAGGUCAGUUUAAGGGGAACCACUUAUAAUUCAAUGGUAUUUAGUAUGCAGUUGUAUUAGCAAUGGCAUUUUUUAGUUUUUUGCUAAUAUCUAAAAAAAUAUGAUUCAUUGAUAGAAACUUAAAUAAGCAAAACAAUUAACUUGAUAAAAAUCAGAUAUAGAUAGGCAUACACUACAGGCAAUGGGGCACAUUCCACAGCAUCCACACAGCACGAGCAACAAACCCUGCGGUAAAUAUCAAAAUAAGAAGAUGCUGUAUGAUUGCCAAUGAGACAACUCUUCACAAGAGACUAAGGGAAUAUGUAGACAGCUCUCUCUCAUACAAGCAGAAAAACUGUAAAAUAUAAGGGCAAACACUACUGGGAGUUCUUAUUCUGUAAUGACUUUUUUUUCAUUUUUAUACGACCGCAAAAAUUGAAAAUUUUUUGGUCGUAUAUUGGUAUGACGUUGGCGUCGUCGUCGUCGUCGUCCGGCGUCGUCCGAAGACACAUUGGUUUUCGCACUCUAACUUUAGUUUAAGUGAAUGGAUCUCCAUGAAAUUUUACCAUAAGGUUCAAUACCACGAAAGGAAGGUUGGGAUUGAUUUUGGGGGUUAUGGUACCAACAGUUAAGGAAUUAGGGGCCAAAAAGGGGCCAAAAAUAAGCAUUUUUGUAACUUCCAGACAAUAACUUGUGUGUAAGUGUAUGGAUCUCUCUGACAUUGUACCACAAGGUUCCAUAUCACAAAGGGAGGCUGUAAUUGAUUUUGGGGGUAAUUGCCUCAAAAUUUUAGGAAUUAGGGGCCAAAAAAGGGGCAAAAAACAAGCAUUUUUCUAGUUUCAUGACAAUAACUUGUGUGUAAGUGUUUGGAUAUUUCUGAAAUUGUACUACAAGGUUCCAUAUCACAAAGGGAAAGCUGGAAUUGAGUUUGUGGGUAAUUGCCCGAAACGUGUAGGAAUAGGGGGCCAAAAAGGGGCCAAAAAUAAGCAUUUUUCUAGUUUCCAGACAAUAACUUGUGUUCAAGUGUAUGGAUCUCUCUGAAAUUGUACUGCAAGGUACCAUACCACAAAGGGAAGGCUGGGAUUGAGUUUGGGGGUGAUGAAUCAUAAGGGGGUUCAAAAAAUUUGGGGGGGGGGGGGGUUUCUUUUUUUUUCUUUUUUUCCUUUUUUUUUUCUUUUAAAAUUUUCCAUUUUAAGUUGGUUAUUUCUGAUUAAUAUUUAAAAGCAAAUAAUAAUGAUAUGGUAGGAGAUACACACCAAACAGGAUGUGUAAAUUAUUAUAUAAUAAGUAUUGUGCAAUAGCAAGAAAUUUUCAAUUGCACAGUAUUGCACAAUUGCAAGAAAUCUUCAUUUGCACAGUAUUGCGCAAUAGCAAGAAAUCUUCAAUUGCACAGUAUUGCGCAAUAGCAAGAAAUAUCCAAUAGCACAAUAUUGCGCAAUAGCAAGAAAUUGUCAAUUGUACAGUAUUGCACAAUAGCAAGAAAUAUUCAAUUGCACAGUAUUGUGCAAAAGAAGAUACUUCGUAUAAAUUGCUUAUUUCUUGAUCAAUUUCAAUGGGGUUUUAUUCUUGAAUUCUUGGGGUUCUUUAAUAUGCUGAAUCUAACUGUGUAUUAAGUUUUUGGAUUUUGGGCCCCGUUUUUAAAUUGGUCCACAUUGAGGUCCAAAGGGUCCAAAAUUUAACUUUGUUUGAUUUCAUCAAAAAUUGAAUUAUUGGGGUUCUUUGAUAUGCCGAAUCUAACCGUGUAUUUAGAUUCUUAAUUUUUAGUUUCGUUUUCAAAUUGGUCUACAUUAAGGUCAAAAGGGUCCAAAAUUAAACUUAGUUUGAUUUUAACAAAAAUUGAAUUUUUAGGGUUCUUUGAUAUGCUGAAUCUAAACAUGUAUUUAGAUUUUUGAUUAUGGGCCCAGUUUUCAAGUUGGUCCAAAUCGGGGUCCAAAAUUAAACUUUGUUUGAUUUCAACAAAAAUUGAAUAUAUGGGGUUCUUUGAUAUGCUGAAUCUAACCAUGUAUUUAGAUUUUUGAUUUUUGGGCCCCGUUAUCAACUUUGUCCACAUUGAGGUCAAAAGGGUCCAAAAUUAAACUUUGUUUGAUUUCAUCAAAAAUUGAAUUCUUGGGGUUCUUUGAUAUGCUGAAUCUAACCAUGUAUUUAGAUUUUUUAUUUGUGGACCCGCUAUCAAAUUGGUUCAUAUUGAGGUCAAAAGGGUCCAAAAUUAACCUUGUUUGAUUUCAUCAAAAAUUGAAUUAUUGGGGUUCUUUGAUAUGCCAAAUCUAACCGUGUAUUUAGAUUUUUAAUUUCGGGUCCCGUUUUUAAAUUGGUCUACAUUAAGGUCCAAAGGGUCCAAAAUUAAACUUAGUUUGAUUUUAACAAAAAUUGAAUUCUUGGGUUUCUUUGAUAUGCUGAAUCUAAACAUGUGUUUAGAUUUUUGAUUAUGGGACCAGUUUUCAAGUUUGUCCAAGUUGGGGUCAAAUUAAACUUUGUUUGAUUUCAACAAAAAUUGAAUAUAUGGGGUUCUUUGAUAUGCUGAAUCUAAACAUGUAUUUAGAUUUUAGAUUUUUGGCCCAGUUUUCAAGUUGGUCCAAAUUGGGGUCCAAAAUUAAACUUUGUUUGAUUUCAACAAAAAUUGAAUAUAUGGGGUUCUUUGAUAUGCUGAAUCUUACCAUGUAUUUAGAUUUUUUAUUUGUGGGCCCGCUAUCAAAUUGGUUCAUAUUGAGGUCAAAAGGGUCCAAAAUUAAACUUUGUUUGAUUUCAUCAAAAAUUGAAUUAUUGGGGUUCUUUGAUAUGCCAAAUCUAACCGUGUAUUUAGAUUUUUAAUUUUGGGUCCCGUUUUUUAAAUUGGUCUACAUUAAGGUUCAAAGGGUCCAAAAUUAAACUUUGUUUGAUUUUAACAAAAAUUGAAUUUUUGGGGUUCUUUGAUAUGCUGAAUCUAAACAUGUGUUUAGAUUUUUGAUUAUGGGACCAGUUUUCAAGUUGGUCCAAGUUGGGGUCCAAAAUUAAACUUUGUUUGAUUUCAACAAAAAUUGAAUAUAUGGGGUUCUUUGAUAUGCUGAAUCUAAACAUGUAUUUAGAUUUUAGAUUUUUGGCCCAGUUUUCAAGUUGGUCCAAAUUGGGGUCCAAAAUUAAACUUUGUUUGAUUUCAACAAAAAUUGAAUAUAUGGGGUUCUUUGAUAUGCUGAAUCUUACCAUGUAUUUAGAUUUUUUAUUUUGUGGGCCCGCUAUCAAAUUGGUUCAUAUUGAGGUCAAAAGGGUCCAAAAUUAAACUUUGUUUGAUUUCAUCAAAAAUUGAAUUAUUGGGGUUCUUUGAUAUGCCAAAUCUAACCGUGUUUUUAGAUUUUUAAUUUUGGGUCCCGUAUUUUAAAUUGGUCUACAUUAAGGUCCAAAGGGUCCAAAAUUAAACUUAGUUUGAUUUUAACAAAAAUUGAAUUCUUGGGGUACUUUGAUAUGCUGAAUCUAAACAUGUGUUUAGAUUUUUGAUUAUGGGACCAGUUUUCAAGUUUGUCCAAGUUGGGGUCCAAAAUUAAACUUUGUUUGAUUUCAACAAAAAUUGAAUAUAUGGGGUUCUUUGAUAUGCUGAAUCUAACCAUGUAUUUUGAUUUUGGACAUUGGACCAUAAUAGGUAAAUUAAAAAAAUUGAAGUUCUUAGACCACAUUCUUUCUGUGUCAGAAACCUAUGCUGUGUCAAAUAUUUAAUCACAAUCCAAAUUCAGAGCUGUAUCAAGCUUAAAUGUUGUGUCCAUACUUGCCCCAACUGUUCAGGGUUCGACCUCUGCGGUCGUAUCAAGCUGCGCCCAGCGAAGCAUUUUAUUGCCUAUUAUCUUGAAAUUUAUAGAAGAUGCAUAGACACUUUGCAAACCAAAGUGAUCAACAAGACAAGAUUUACAAUUAAUCAAAUUUGUUAUGUGCUAAAAAACUAAAAAAGAAAGAAACAGUACACAGAAAAAAUGUUCAGCAAUACAUGAUUAACAAAAAUAAGUUUUGUACCAUGAAUUAUACUCAAGUCAACAAUAUUUGACAGUGUCCAUGCAGUGACGGAUCCAGAAAUUUUCAUAAGAGGGGGCCCACUGACUGCCUAAGUCAUGCUUCAGUAAUUCCCUAUAUAAUCAACCAAAUUUUUCCCUCAAAAGGGGGCAACCGGGUCCCCUAGCCCCCCUCUAAAUUCGCCUCUGCCACUGUUGAAGAUGCACAUAGACAGAGGUUAGCGACACAGGCUCCUAAGAGCCUCUAGUUAAGAAUUGUGACAUUAACACCUUGUGACUGCAAAUCCUCUGAGAGCCGCACAGGCUCCUUAGAGUCUCUAGUUUAGUAUCGUGACAUGAACACCUUGUGACUGCAAAUCCUCUGAGACUGUUUUACAAUUUAGUCAGCUUUAACACUCAAUAGGAUUGUUUGCCGUCAUGUGUAGUUGACCACAUUAUACUGUCAUUUUUAUCCAAACAUUUGAUGGAAGUUAUGGGACCUAGACCAUUUUUUUAAAUGUUGUGACAAAAACACUUGUCAAAGCUGUUUUUCUAACACUAUGAUUGUUGGAAGUACAGAAGAUACAUACAAAUUUUUUUCAGAAUUUAAGCUCUGAAAUUUAUAAAAGAAAUUUAAAAUCCAUCUCAAAAAACAAUUUGGAAGAUGUUUGGCUAAACACGAAAACAUACUGAAUAAAAUCUUUUGAAUACAAUUCUGCAAUUCUAUGGAAUAGCUUACCAAUGAUAAAUGCUUCAAAUAUCUCUGUCAAGCCAUGCAGAAAUAGAUUGUUUAUUAACUUGAACACUAUGAAUGAUAUUAAUAUUAUGUAUAUAUACUGCUUGUUUGUUUUUAUUGUUUAUUUUUGUGUACUACAUGUUAACCGUUGUACUUACUUUAUACGCAAAAUUAGUAAAAAUUAUUUAGGUUACCCACUUCAGAUUAAGAAUAUUAUUAUUAUCAUUAAUAUUUGUUGUCUGUUUUCAUUAGACUUUUGAUUUUAGAUCAAACUUUGGUUUCUUCCUCUCUUCUAUUGUUUUUAACAGGAAUUGUAUCCAAAGACAAAGGAGUAAGUUCGAUAUUUGGCCCCGAUUAUAAAGUUCAAUGUUACAAGAUGAAAAAUGUUUUAAGUUGACUUAAAGACAUGUGAGAAAGAUAAAUAGAACUUGUUAUGUCAAAGUUUUAUUCUAAAGCAUUGAUUUUUACAUCCCAAACAGGUCAAUAUACAAGAUUGUGAAAUUUGACAAAAUCGGAUGGUUUUCAACCAAAUUUAGGUACAGGUAACAUAGAGCGCACUGGCGUCGACAAACUAAAUAUUCAAGUUAGACAUGUAAAAUUUCUUUAAAAACAUAAUUUCAAGAGAUCUUUUUUGUCGACGUAUGUUUCCUGUCCAAUAAUCAAUGGAAAUUUGUUCAUUUUCUUUGAUUUUUUUCGUUGAAAAUCAAAAUGAGUACUAUUUGUGACGUUAUGAAUAAAACGCAGGUACGUGAAUUUUUAUCAAAAGGCUUAUUUUCUAUCUAGUCACUGUAUUAGCUAUGAUUGAUUGUGAUAUUGGUCAAUAAAUCCUAAUUUGAAAUUUAAGCUGAAAAACAGGGCCAUUUUAGGGCCUUAUCGAACCUACUCCUUUACAUAUUUGAUCAAAACACCAAGUUUCAUGAGUUUAUGAACUUUAUAAUUUUAAUACUUGUCACAUAGUGCCAUUUUUUGUUGUCAUAUUGUUUUGUAUAUCUUUAUUACAAAAGUUUCUGAUCUUACAGUUUACUUCAUGUUAGAAUGAAACUUCUUUUCACUGUUUCUUACUUCCAUGUUACAUUGUGCAUAUAUUUUGUGCAUACAUGCAGAUGCCAACGCUAUGGAAAUCUUCAAUAGUUUGUUACAAAUUUCACUUGUUAAAAUCAAAAGUUUAUUUGUUCAGGUUUUAACCGUUUAUUAUGCUUGUUAGCAACUGUUUCCAAUUUUAUAUAUUUUGAAACAACUAUAUUGGUGCUUCAUCCACUUAUCCUCAUGUAAGUACAUGUAUAAACACCUGGAUGGUAGAGAUUACAAAUGACCAGCAGGUUUCUCUAGGUUUUACCAGUAGAAGAGUACAUUACCAAACUCUAUCAUUUAUUUCUAGUUGAAGUGAAUUGUUUUAUCCAAUUGGCAUCCAUGUUAUUGCCAUUUUGUAUUUGUAUAAAUUAUCAUUGUGACUAUCAUAUAAUUCAUACUAGCUUGAUAUACACAUUGAUUCAUACUAAUUUUGUGUACACUUGAUUCAUACUACUACAAUAUUAUACAGCUAUUGAUUAGCCUGCUGUACACUGGUCCAAAUAAUUAUGAUUUGUCGUCAAAGUAAGUCAUCAAAGCAAAAAAAUAUAUUAGCCUUUCAAGACAUCAUAAUCAUUUGGACUAGCUAUACACUUGAUUCAAACUAGAUUGUUGUACACUUGAUUCAUACUAGCUUGUUGUACACUUGAUUCAUACUAGCUUGUUGUACUCGAUUCAUACUAGCUUGUUGUACACUUGAUUCAUACUAGCUUAGUGUACACUUGAUUCAUACUAGCUUGUUGUACACUUGAUUCAUACUAGCUUAGUGUGCACUUGAUUCAUACUAGCUUAAGUGUACACUUGAUUCAUACUAGCUUUUUAUACACUUGAUUCAUACUAGCUUAGUGUGCACUUGAUUCACACUAGCUUAGUGUACACUUGAUUCAUACUAGUUUGUUGUACACUUGAUUCAUAUUAGCUUAGUGUACACUUGAUUCAUACUAGCUUAAGUGUACACUUAAUUCAUACUAGCUUGUAGUACACUUGAUUCAUACUAGCUUAGUGUACACUUGAUUCAUACUAGCUUAGUGUAUACUUGAUUCAUACUAGCUUUUUGUACACUUGAUUCAUACUUGCUUAGUGUUCACUUGUUUCAUACUAGCUUAGUGUACACUUGAUUCAUACUAGUUUGCUGUACACUUGAUUCAUACUAGUUUGCUGUACACUUGAUUUAUAUUAGUUUGCUGUACACUUGAUUCAUACUAGCUUGUUGUACACUUGAUUCAUACUAGCUUGUUGUACUCUUGAUUCAUACUAGCUUGUACUCUUGAUUCAUACUAGCUGAGUGUACAUUUGAUUCAUACUAGCUUGUUGUACACUUGAUUCAUACUAGCUUCUUGUACACUUGAUUCAUACUAGCUUCUUGUACACUUGAUUCAUACUAUUACAAGAUUAUACAGCUUUUAAUUAAUUUGCUAUACACAUGAUUCAUACUAGCUUGAGUUUAUUUGACAUGUGAAAUUAUUUGUUUUUAUUUCACUGGGAAAUCACGGUUUUUCAUUGCAAACAAUGAAAUUAAUGUUUUUAUUGUGACCUAGAAUUAUGAUGUCAUGUUUUAUUUGAUGAAUGUCUUAUAUAGUUUGUCUAUCUUAUUUGAACUGAAUCAAUCAGUAAUAUGAAACAUUGUCUUUUAUACCAAUUUAUUUUUACAUAUUUUAGUGAUUAAAAGGUUGUGAAUUUAAUUAAAUGUGAUAAAUAUAGUUUUUUAUUAGUUAUACUGUUGUCUUUUUAUAUGUUAUUUAUUAACUUUACACAAUUUUGAAAUAAAGUGAUAGAUUAAGCUUGA